GACCCAUGGGUCAACAGCUACUUAUUUGUCUGUUAGACCUUAGAACUUCCUCUGGUACGGAUUGAUCUGGUCGCAUUCUUCUCCCUCUCUCUUCUCAAUAAUUCCGGCCCUCUCGAAGAUUUCCUCCUUCGCUCUCUGUUUUCCUUGCACCUUCCUCUGGAAUUUCACCCACCGCCACCAUCACAUUCGAGUCUGCGACGUAUCUCCGCUACCCCUGAUUUCGCCGCUCCCACCACAUUUCCGUAGACAUGGCUUCCACCUCCGGAGUAGGGUCGUAUUCGAACCCUCUGAAGAAAUUCAAGCUGGUUUUCCUGGGAGAACAGAGUGUUGGAAAAACCUCCCUGAUCACGAGAUUCAUGUACGAUUCGUUUGACAACACAUACCAAGCCACCAUUGGAAUCGACUUCCUGUCCAAGACGAUGUACCUGGAAGAUAGAACGGUCCGCCUUCAGCUUUGGGAUACCGCCGGUCAAGAACGAUUCCGUUCCCUGAUCCCCUCUUAUAUUCGAGAUUCGAGCGUCGCCGUGGUGGUCUACGAUAUCUCUAACGCCAAGUCCUUCCAAAACACCCGGAAAUGGAUUGACGAUGUCCGAGGAGAGCGCGGAAACGACGUCAUCAUUGUCCUGGUCGGCAACAAGACCGACUUGAACGACAAGAGGGAGGUUACGACAGCACAGGGUGAAGAAGAGGCCAAGAAGAAUGGAUUGAUGUUCAUCGAAACGAGUGCCAAGGUGGGCCACAAUGUCAAGCAGCUUUUCCGGAGAAUCGCGCAGGCCCUACCGGGUAUGGAGGGAGAAGGCAACAGAGGGGACAACCAAAUGAUUGAUGUCAAUAUUAGCCCGAAAGAGACCACGACCAAUGAUGGAUGCGCCUGCUAAACACUGGAUUGGCAACUGCUGGCUCAGACUCUUCUUAUAACCUUCU